UAACCGAAACAGGGUGCCUGUGGCAACUACAUUCUGAAUAAAACAAAGAGAAUGUAAACAGCUGAUUUACCAAAAAUAAUAUUUUAGCAUUAAUAAUUACUUAAAAUAGCCACAGAGAACGAUGAAGGAGGAAUGUCGAGUUUGCCUGGGAAACUCCGAAGACACGGUCAACAUUUUCGAAGGCUCAGGAAGUCGCGGCAUUUCCAUAGAGCACAUGAUAUCGGAAGUCACCGGCUCAAGGCCAGCGAAGGAAGACUCAUUCUCGGAUUCCAUUUGCCCGCCCUGCCUGGCAGAUGCCCAAAGCGCAUACGACAUUAUACAAACCUACGAGCGCAGCUACGGAAUCUUCUGCGAAGCGAAGGAUGCGAUCCUGGAGGACGACUCGCCGGAGGAAGAAGUCAGCCUGAUAUCAGACAGGGAGAGUGAGGGGACUUUAUGUGCCAAAGAAGCCCUUGAGAGCAAGGAGCAAGUGAUACCAAAUGGCAGGUCGAGUGCCCUGAAGGAGGCCAAGAGGCAAAGGAGAAGACACAGAUGGACGGAAAAGGAGAAGACGCACCAGUGCUCCCAGUGCCAGAAGGCUUUCCAGACCGCCCCGAUUCUAAAGCGGCACAUCAAGCGGGCCCAUGCGAAUUAUCGGCCCUACCAGUGCAGUCACUGCCCAAAGGCAUUUGUGGAGAGCUACACCCUGAGGCAUCACAUCAUGACCCACACGGGCAAUAAGCCGUUCAAGUGCUCGCGCUGCCCGCUGGCAUUCACGAAGGAUUUUAGCCUGAGGAAGCACUUCAGCCAGCACACUGGAAACCGUGCCUACAAGUGCUCCCAGUGCCCAAAGGCCUUCUACGAUCAGAGUGGUCUCAAUCAGCACUUUGUGUUGCACUCGACGGAGCGACCGUUUGAAUGCCCUCACUGCCAAAGGUGCUAUACGGACGAGGCCAUUCUGCGGAGGCACAUCAGCAGGCACACUCGGGAACGCACGUUCAAGUGCUCCCACUGCCCGAGCGCCUUUCUGCACAACUCGGCACUGGUGCGCCACACCAUGAGCCAUACGGGAGAGCGGCCGUUUCCGUGCGGUCACUGCCAGAAGUCCUUCAUAGAUGUGACCUCCCUGAACAGACACGUACGGAUUCACACGGGGGAACGACCCUACAAGUGCUCCCUCUGCCAGUCGACCUUCUCGGAUCCAUCAACCCUCAAGCUGCACGGCCUGAUUCACACGGGCGAACGACCGUUUAAGUGUGACCACUGCGAGAAGGCUUUCAGGUCGCGCUCCGAUCUAAAGAAUCAUCUCAGGAUCCACUCGGGAGAGCGGCCCUUCAAGUGUGCCCUGUGCCAGAGGGCUUUUACGCAAAAUUCAACUCUGCGCAAACACAAUGAAAUAUUUCAUAAGGAGGCAUUAAACGGUACUAGUAAAUCUUAGUAUUCUUCGUGGACCUUUAAAUAGAAGAAGAAGGAAUUUUUAAAAAUAACGUUUUUUAAUGAGUAACGUUUAAAGAAUCGAUAACACACACAUGUUCUUUCGAUUAACACUCCAAUGUUUUGGUCACAGGGUGCUUAGGGAAGUAUGAGUGAAAUUUCAAGAUGUAAGCAAACUAUCUUAAAGAAGUUACAAAUAUUUGUGUAAUCCCAUGAAAGACAAAAAGAAGUAAUAAUUCAAGUUAUAUAAAUACAUAUAUCUACAGUCCUAAAUUCAAAUCUAUUUUCAAAUUAAAAUUUAUGUCGUGGCAUAACUCAUGUAAACGAUAACGUUCCUUUUGAAAAGCGAUAACACAACAUAUGUUCUGGACACAGGGUGUUCAGAGUAGUUUAAGUAUGAAUGAAAUUUGGAGGUGUAAACAAACAAUUUAGAACUAAGAAAUAUGAAUUUAAUUUAAUAUUUAAGAAACAGAAA